UCCCCGUUUCUUCCCCUCUGCGAGCCAGUACAUCUCCCCCCAGUGCAAACCUGAAAGGCUGGAAUUGAGCAAGCUGCACGCCCCCUUUUCCUCUCAGCCAAAAUCAACAGUGAGAAGUGCUCUUAUUACAACACUGGCACUAGCACUGCUCAUUCAUUCAAGCCGAGGCGCUCGGAGCGUUUGCUAGGGGCUCACUGCAUCUCACUCGCAGUCUUGUCUCUGCUGAAGUCUGACUUGGACUCAAGCUCCAUACAGCACAGCUAUUUUCAGGAAGCAGCUAGAGAAUGCUGCCCCAAGAAAUACUUCCUCUGCUUACCCUGUUCUGUGUUUUCAGGGCUUCUGUUUCUGUUCUGGAUGAAGAUGAUGAUUAUGAUCUCAUGUAUGUGAACUUGGAUAAUGAAAUUGAAGGUCCAGUUCUUGGUACUGAGGAAACUGUUUCAUGUGACUGCCAGCGAGAGCACACCAAAUGGGACAAGCUCUUCAUCAUGCUUGAGAACUCGCAGAUGAAAGAGAAUAUGAUGCUGCAGGCGAUGGAUGAGAUCCUGAAGGUGGACCUGCAGACCCUGAAAACAGAGCUAAGCCAGCUCACCACCAACCUCGCGGGUACCUUGGACACAACAGUUGAGAAAGUCACCUCCCACAUUGUGUCACAGGUAGAGCAGGCGCUUGUGAGUAACAGUGAUCCAGCUGGAGAAGCCAAGAGGCUUCAUGAGUCUGAGCAAGGAAAGCUUCUCGAGCACAUUCUGCUGCUCAGCCACAAUGUGUCCAGCAGGCUCGGCCAGCUGGAGAGCUCUUGGCUGAGGAGGUGUGAGCUGGAGGCUCAAGAAACAGCUUUUCAUCAGGAUAAAUUCAGUCCUACCAGAGGAGACGAUCCCAUUUUGAACUCCCUGUGGAAAGAGCUACAGCAAACCAGGACUGAACUGAAAGCAUCACAGAAAUGGGUAGCUCAGCACUUACUGCCAGGAGGGUGUGAAACAGCAAUUCUAUUCCCCAUGCGUUCAAAAAAAAUAUUUGGAAGUGUUCACCCAACUGCUGGAAUGACCCUUCGCUCCUUUACUGCUUGCAUCUGGAUCAAGGUGACUGAGGCUUUGAACAAAACUAUCAUCUUCUCAUACGGAACCAAGUUAAACCCAUACGAAAUCCAACUUUAUCUCAGCCAGGAGUCUGCAGUGCUCGUUGUCGGUGGUGACCAGCACAAGUUAGUUGUCAAAAACGUAGUUGUUCCUGGGAAAUGGAUCCAUCUCUGUGCCACCUGGAGCUCAGAGAAUGGAUCUGCAUCCCUGUGGCUGAACGGAGAGCUUACAGCCACUGCCUUGGACAUUGCUGAUGCUCAUACCAUUCCAAACGGAGGGAUUUUUCAGAUCGGUCAAGAAAAGAAUGGCUGCUGUGUUGGAGGUGGAUUUGAUGAAGCUUUAGCUUUCUCUGGAAAAUUAACUGGCUUUAACAUGUGGGACAGAAUGCUCAGUGCAAAAGAGAUAGCAGCACAAAGCGGAGAAGAUGCAUGCAGUAUGAGGGGCAACAUUAUCGGGUGGGGAGUCACAGAAGUUUUGCUAUAUGGAGGAGCCCAGUACAUUUCUUAAAUUCUGGCAAGGCAGUUUCUGAAGCAGGAAACGUAUUUUAUGAAUAGUUGAACACCAGUCCAUGCAAGUAAACAUGUAGGAGCCCACAUUGCUCCAAUUCCCAAGGAAGAUUAGCAUUGCAAGUUU